AUGGCUUUAUUCCUGAAGGUGUUUUUUCUGGUCAUUCUGCUUCUUCCAUCAUCACCUGCUGAAGCAAAGGAUCCAGCUUUUUCUGCUUUGCUAACUACUCAAACAUCAAUACAAAAGGAGAUUGUAAACAAACACAAUGAGCUAAGGAAAGGAGUUUCCCCACCUGCCAGGAACAUGUUGAAGAUGGAAUGGAACAGAGAUGCAACAGCAAAUGCUCAAAAGUGGGCAAACAAAUGCACUUUGGACCAUAGUAAUCAAGAGGACCGAAAAACCACUACAAAAUGUGGUGAGAAUCUCUAUAUGUCAACUGACCCCACCUUCUGGUCUACUGCAAUCCAAAGUUGGUAUGAUGAGAGUCUUAAUUUUACCUAUGGUGUAGGACCAACGACUUCAAAUUCAGUUGUUGGACAUUAUACUCAGCUCGUCUGGUAUUCUUCUUUCCGUAUUGGGUGUGGAAUUGCCUUCUGUCCAAAUCAAGAAGAGUUUAAAUACUUCUAUGUUUGCCAUUAUUGUCCUGCUGGUAAUAACGUCAAUCAAAAGCAUUUCCCUUACAAAGAAGGACCACUUUGUGCCAGUUGCCCUGGAAAUUGUGAAAAUGGAUUGUGUACCAAUAGCUGUGAGUAUGAAGAUCUCCUAAGUAACUGUGCAGACUUGAAACUUAAAGCUGGCUGUGAACAUGAAUUGCUCAAGGAAAAGUGUCAAGCUACUUGCAAUUGUGAAGGCAAAAUUUACUGA